AUGAUUCCCUCACCUUAUAUGAAUGACGAUGUUCAUUCAUUUGCCUAUGAUACCGCUAGAGUUAGAUGGCCAAAGAUCUUAGUCCAAUGUAUUGAUGAUUUAUCCCUUUUACCUCCAGGUUCUGAUGUUCAAUGGUUCACCGGUAAGUUCAAGGAAUUAUUGUCCGCCAUUGAUGAAGAUAAAGAAGUACAACCAUUUACUGAUGACGAAAUCAAAUUGAAUCCUUCUUUGAAAGCUUAUAACGACCAAUUGACUAAAGGGAUGACUUGGAAAACUGGUCCUUGGUUAUAUUUGGAAUGUUACUUAUACCAACAUAUCAAUAACUUCUUUAUUUCCAAAUCUAUUGAUAUUGAUAUCUUUCAAAAUUUGAAACAAUCGACUUUAAUCUCCAGUAAGUUGGGAAUUAUUGAACUUUGUAAGAAAAUCAAUGAAUUUGACUUUGGUUCUAUUAAAGAUGAAGAUAAAUUGAUCUUUUUCAAAGAGUUUAUUGAUAUUUCAUUAUGGGGAAAUUCCACUGAUUUAUCAUUAUUGGCAGGUAACGUAACUUUGGAAGAUAUUAAAAGUAUUCAAGGAGCUGAGACCAGAAAGGCCAAUGAAAAGAAUAUUUUGGUCAAUGGAACUAAUGAUAUUUUCGACCAUUUAAGUAAAGCUGAAUCACCUGUUGUUGAUAUUGUUUUAGAUAAUUCAGGUUUUGAAGUGUUUAGUGAUAUUGUAUUGGCCAUUUAUCUCGUCGAGACAAAGUUGGCUGAAAAAGUUACUUUCCAUUGUAAGAAAAUUCCAUGGUUUGUUAGUGAUACUUUGGAAAAAGAUUUUGAUGAAUUAUUCAAAGAAUUGAUAGCUUUUGAUAAUCAAGAUACUGCUAAAUUCGUCGAUACCGUCAAGAGUUAUAUCAAACAAAAGAAAUUCAUAGUCACUUCUGAUGAUUAUUGGACCUCAUGUUCUCCUUACUGGACAUUACCUGAAAAUUCCAUCUAUGAUCAAUUGAAAGAUUCUACUUUAGUCAUCUUCAAAGGAGAUCUCAACUAUAGAAAAUUAACUGGAGAUGUUCAAUGGGAUAAAACCACACCUUUCGAAACCGCAUUACAACAUUUAAAAGGGAAGAUCAAUGUCGUCAGUUUAAGAACUUGUAAAGCCGAUGUCACUGUAGGAUUACCUCAAGGAGUGGAUGAAAAAUUAAAGGCCGAACAUGGAGAAUUUUGGAGUAGUAGUGGGAAAUAUGCCGUUAUAUCUUUCACCGCUAAAGAUUAG